AAACUCAAAAAUCGACUAACAACUAAAUUCUGUUCACUAGGAUACCUUGACAAUUGACGAUUAUUAGGCAUCGAAUAUAGAAUUUCAUGGAAAAGUGUAUCGUAUUUGGGGGCGUUUUUGGUAUCUAUUUUUCAUUCAUGAAAUUUCGUUUAGUGUACAAACAUAUGGUUUUUUAUUCUUCGAAUUGUCAUAAGUAUUAAGACAUUUGUUACUGACGUUGACAUUUAUGUUGGAGGUGCUAGUAUGCAUACAAUUGUUGUCCGGAAAUACUGUGUUACGGUGGAUGUUAUAACAAUGAAUAUUCUUUAAUAAUAGUCGUAAUAAAUUAUAAACAUUUUGGAAGCAGCAGAAUCAGCAGUGGAUACCAUUAUGGAGGGUGUUAAUGGGCAGCUGCAAACCAAAUAUCAAAAGAUUGCUACUGAAUACUCAAAAAUUCGUGCUCAAGCAAAUGUUCUAAAAAAGGCUGUGAUUGAUGAACAAGCACGUAAUGCAGAUAUUCGAGAACAGCUGAAGGAGAAAGAGGUAGAACUUCGAAGAGCAGAACAAGAAUUAGACAGUUUAUCCUUUCGAAAUCAGCAACUGACCAAACGUAUAACCGUAUUACAAGAAGAGCUGGAUAAAGUACAAAAUAAAUCUAAGAAAGGAAAGAAUAAAUUAUCUGAAAGUAAUAGUCAAUUAUCACCAUCUCCACCGCCAAAUCACAUCUUGAAUGAAGAAUUUCAAAAGAAAAUAGUUGAAAAUGCUCAAUUGUUAUCUCAAAUCAGUGACAAAGAUAGUGAAAUUGAAACUCUAAAUGAAAGAAUACAGCAAUUAGAAUAUAGAUUAGAUCAUAGUGAAAAAUCUAAAAUUGAAUUAGAAUGCCAGUAUCAAAAUACUAUAGACAAACUAGAAAGAGAAAGAAACGAAUUACAAAAAAGAUUAAAUGAUAGACAUAAACAAGAGGAAACUGUAUCAUGGUCUAGUAAUGAAGGUAAACGAGAUGGAUAUGAAUUUGAUACUAGAGUAGGACAUUCUAGUCAUUCUCAAAUAGAACCAUCUCCAUCCUCAUCGCCAUUAGCAUCACGUCGAUCAUCAAAAUCUCUUGGCGAAGGUCGUCCUCAUAAAGUACAAGAAGAAAAUAAUGAAUUUGAUUUUUCAAAAUCUUGUGACUUAGAAAAAGAAAUGAAUUAUUGGAAAUCACAGUAUCACAUACUUAAAAUAAAAUAUGAUGAAAUAGAACAAACAGAAUGCUUGAAACAGUUGCAACUCGAGAAUGAAUCGUUGCAACCUGCAGAAAUAAACCAUAUGAUCGGAAGACUAACCGUACCUUUUGCAAUACCAGAAGAAAUUGAAGCUCGGGAAGCAAAAAUCAGAGAUUAUUUUCUUCAAGAGAUCGAUAAGUUAAUAUCGGAAAAACAUAUAUACCAUGUGAAAAAUUUAGCUAUGGCUGCCAAUAGCGAAGUUAUGCAAGUUCAUUUAGACACAUGUGAAUCAAAAAGGGAGAAGUGUGAAUCUGCACUUUCAGAGGCACUUUCUAAUUGUAAUAUUUUGCAAAAAGAUAAAGAAACACAAGAAGGAAAUUAUAAAGCUCAACUUAGUACUAUGAGUGAACACCUUGCCAUCAUGAACGAAAAGCUUAUUUCACAAACAGAAGAAAUCCAACAAUUAAAAUUUCAACUUGCAAGCAAGAACAGUAAGAAAGGCAAACAGAAGUGAUAUAGAUCAGGUUGUUAAUGAAUAACUAAUAACAUUCCAACAGCAACAUACUUUAAUCAGAACUAUCAAUAUCUUUAAUUUUAUGUACAUAUGAAACUUACACGUGGUAAAUAGUAAUUACAAUUUUAAUCAUACUUUAAUUAAUAUACUAAAACGAUUUUGGAAUCUGUUUAGUAUAUGAAAUAAAAGUAAAAAUUAUUA